AGAAUUGAUGAAAGAAUCUAGAAGUGUUUGGUUUUCAGUGAACAGUUUUCAGCUGUUUUCCCCAGCUCCAUUUUUAUUUAUUCCAGUUUUGUUAUUGUUAACACAGUCCUCACAUUCCUAAGACAGAGAUCCUGCAUGUACCUGUUUCUGUUUGGGGAAGGGAAAAGGGGAGCUGAGCUGUGCUUUUGUUCCUUGUUUUUGUUUUGUUUGCUGUGGGGUAGCUGAAAAAUAAAUGCUUGUUGGUAGUUACAGCACAGUCCCUUGGGCAUUUAAGGAUAUUCUCUAUAUUAGUACUGCCCUUCAGCACAGCGUUAGAAUUCCCCAUCUGCUCCUGCUCUCCCACACAGACAUGUGCCUUCUUUUUCUUUCCACAUUCAAACAGGAAUUACAGAAGCUGGAAGAGGAAAGGGAGUUCACUGUCUUCAAGGAGAGAUUGCCACUCUACCGCCACCCCUUGUAUUGGUUACUUAACUCUAGAAAGCCAACAAAGUGCUGAAUUUCCAGUAUAAUGUCAAAAGUGCUUGUUUUGGUUUAUCUCCUUUCUACAAUUGAAAAGCAGCUUUUCUUUAGCAUAUUUAGAUCUUUUCACAUGACGCUUAUGAAGCCUAAUUUGAGCCUGUUAAUCUUUUUCUUGGUAACCCCUGGGAAAGCACAGCUGCACUCCUGAAAACACACUGUUUAUCCACGAUCGCCAGGUCUGGGCAGCCCGCAGUGUUCCAAAGACCAAAGUUUAAAACAGACAUGCCAGUCCUUCCUAAUUCCUUGUGUUUAAGCACACAGCAGCACAAAGUCUAAAUUGCUGCUGCUGAAAGCUUAUGCUGAGCUUGGGCCUGUGUUGAUGUUAGAGUGUAGCCCUCCUGCACCGUGGCUUUCACAGAAAGGUUUUAUUAAAAAUGCCCAGUGAGAAGCAGACUGCAGUGAAAUACUACGUUGGAGUUGAUGUGGGCUCAGCCAGCGUUCGCGCGGCUCUGGUGGACGGGUUUGGGACGGUGGUGGCACACGCAGAGCAACGCAUCCAGGUUUGGGAGCCCGGGCCAGACCACUAUGAGCAAUCCUCUGCAGACAUCUGGGCUGCCUGCUGCUCUGUCACAAAGGAAGUUGUCCGUGGAGUGGAUGCCAGCCAGAUCCGAGGGCUGGGGUUUGAUGCUACCUGUUCCCUUGUUGUGGUGGAUAAACAGUUCCAGCCCUUGGCAGUCAACUGUCAAGGACAGAACCAUAGGAAUGUGAUCAUGUGGAUGGACCAUCGUGCAGCGAGUCAAGUCGAGCGCAUCAAUGCAACCCAGCACAGGGUUCUGAACUAUGUAGGGGGAGCCAUGUCUGUGGAAAUGCAGCCACCUAAAUUGCUCUGGAUAAAGGAAAACUUGCCAGAAUCGUGGGAGAAGGUUGGCUACUUCUUUGAUCUUCCGGAUUUCUUAUCUUGGAAAGCCACAGGUGUCACUGCAAGGUCCCUCUGUACAGUAGUGUGCAAGUGGACAUACACGUCAGAUAGAGGUUGGGAUGACAGUUUCUGGAAAAUGAUUGGUUUGGAAGAUUUGGUGAAGGAUAAGUAUGAAAAAAUAGGAAACCACGUCUUGUCUCCUGGAGAGGCUGUUGGGAAAGGUCUAACGCCAGAAGCUGCGAAAGAUCUCGGUCUCCCCGAAGGGAUUGCAGUGGCAGCAUCUCUCAUUGAUGCCCAUGCUGGAGGACUAGGAGUAAUUGGAGCAGAUGUGAAAGGACAUAACCUUCCAUGUGAGAACCAGCCGAUUACAUCCCGAGUCGCUAUGAUCUGUGGAACAUCUUCAUGCCACAUGGGGGUCAGUGAAACCCCCAUUUUUGUGCCUGGUGUUUGGGGACCAUAUUUCUCUGCAAUGGUACCUGGAUUGUGGUUGAAUGAGGGAGGCCAAAGUGCUACAGGAAAACUGAUCGAUCAUGUGGUGCAAGGCCAUGUCGCCUUUCCAGAAUUAGAGGCAAAAGCUGCAGCCAGUGCUCACAGUAUAUAUACAUACUUGAACAGUCACCUGGAUCUGAUUAAGAAAUCUUUGCCUGUGGGUUUCCUCACUGUUGAUUUACAUGUUUGGCCAGAUUUCCAUGGUAACAGAUCUCCCUUAACAGAUCUGACACUAAAGGGCAUGGUUGUUGGACUAACAUUGUCUCGGGGUCUGGAUGAACUUGCCCUUAUCUACUUGGCCACGAUCCAAGCCAUUGCUUUAGGAACAAGACAUAUUUUGGAGGUGAUGCAGGCUGCAGGACAUGACAUCACCACGCUGUUCCUGUGUGGUGGGCUGAGCAAGAACCCUCUCUUUGUGCAGAUGCACGCUGACAUUACUGGCAAGCCUGUUGUGCUGUCCAAAGAAGUGGAGUCUGUUUUGGUGGGUGCUGCUAUUCUUGGAGCUUGUGCUUCUGGGGAUUUUGCAUCUAUCCAGGAGGCCAUGGCGAAAAUGGGGAAAAUUGGGAGAGUUGUGCAGCCCAACCACGAGCAUAAAAGAUUUUAUGACAAGAAAUACGAAGUAUUUUUGAAGCUUGUGGAACACCAGAGAGAGUAUCGCUCCAUCAUGAACAGCUUGUGAUCCAGAGGCAUGGGAUCUGGGAACAGCAGGGAUAACAAAUUUCCAGGCAUGUGUGAUGCGGGUAAUUUCUUACUGUACCGUCCAUGUUAAAAAUGUACUUUUAUGAUUUAAAGUAUACAUUUUAAUUUUUAAUGAGCAAUAAAAUGCAGUCACUUUGCUGUGAA